UCAGAUAUGGCCGCCACUUUGAGCACCUCCCUGGCUGUGCUGGUCCUCCUGCAGCUUUCCCUCUCUCUAAUCUGCAUGGCAGUGCGUCAGGCUGACGUGUGCCGUGCCACGAUCAGCCAGCUGAGCGAGAUGACAGCGCAGAUUGGGGCGGAGUCAGCCGUCCUCCCCUGCACAAUCACACCCACAUGCUCAAAGGCGGACACGCAUAGCCACUGGUUUGUAUUCAGGCAGGACUCUCACCACCACCUCAGCAUCCAGCUUCCCAAAUACAGCAUCCAUGAGGGAAACCUCAGCAUCCACUCUGUCCAGGCCAAUGACAGCGGGGUGUACUACUGUGCAGCGACACUGAAGACCUCCAACCAGCAGGUGGCGCCAAGCAUAGGAAGUGGAACACGGCUAGUGGUGAGAGAAAAUCCCAGCACCAUAAAUGGGCAAGCACUGCUGUGGUCCCUGUUUGCAAUCGCUGCUGUGUACAGCCUGAUUGUCCUCAUUCUGCUCAUUUAUAAGAAGACCAGAUGGGGCAUGAGCCAUGGAAGAAAAAGGAAGGACAGCUCAAGAAAGCCCACCUCCACCAGGAGGGCGCACUUCCGUGCUGUAUUGCAAGAGUUGUAUGGGAAGAGGUCCCUGCCCCAUGCUGACAGGAACACAAACCACCAACGUUGUGACAAAAACCAGUUUGAACAUCCCCACACUCAGUCACCGGAUGAGGAUGUGUACCAGAACAUGUGACAGAAGAAGAGGAGGGG